AAAGGGAAUUUGAAAAAUAAGAGAGGUCGAAUCGCAUGUGUAUACGAUUUUAUUAUACUUCAAGUCGAGCAUUCAUCGUGUAUCAUGAAUUCUGGUAAUCGCCCGUCAUUUACCUCUCGUUGGCGGACGGAUUGACGAGGGCCGUCAUUUACCUCCUCGUGUUGGCGGACGGAUUGACUGGGCGCUGGGGAAGCGUAUUCGCCUUUUGUGGAUAUGGCAAUCGCGAUCGAAGCCGAUUCAAGUGCCGAUCUCUCAUGGAACUGCCUUCUACUGCUCCACCGAAUUUCUAUGAUUUUCUCAAUCGGAUUCGACAUCCCACUGCCGCCGAUCUCAUUCGCUCCAUCAAAAGCUUCAUCGUGUCAUUCUCAUUUGAAAAUUCUGAUGCUGAAGAUGAAGGCCAAAGGAUACAAGAUUUCCUGGCUAGAAUGGAGACUACCGUAAAGGAGCAUCCUUUGUGGGCUCAUGCUGCACGUCAAGAAAUAGAUAAUGCAAUGGAGUUUGCAGCAAAAGAGCUCCAAAAGAUUAAUGCUUUUAAAGCUCCACGGGAUAAACUGCACUGCAUUAUGAAUUGCUGUCGUAUCAUAAACAAUUUAUUGCUUGAGAUUUCAAUGACAACAAAUCACAAACUAGCUGGGGCUGAUGAUUUUCUUCCAAUUCUUAUAUUCACUACAAUCAAGGCCAAUCCACCCCACUUGCAUUCAAACCUUAAAUUUAUUCAGCUCUUUAGGAAGCAUUCCAAACUCGUUUCAGAAGUGGAAUACUACCUUACUAAUCUGAUUUCAGCAAAAACAUUCAUAGCAAAUAUCAAUGCUAGUUCACUGUCCAUGGAUGAGAGUGAAUUUAAUAAAAAUAUGCAAUUAGUGAUAUCAGCAAAUGAGAUGACUAUCAAUGAGCCUAGUGCUAUUGUUCACUCAUCUGAAGGCAAAUCCAGCACACUGAGAAGUCAUGGCAAAGAGAUUAAUGCCAAAGACUACAGAUAUCCAUUCAUGGAAGCCAAAGCACAGGAUCCCAGGUUCGAGGACGUGUAGAAGUUGCUGGGCUUGUAUAAACACAUUGUAACAAAGUACGCGGCACUGUCAGAUGCGUUCAGCGGGCUCUCCAUCGAC